AUGUCCAUUAACAACUACAACAGAACAUCUGAAAUUAUACUCGUGGUUUUCUUUGUCUUGACCCUGAUUUGCAUUUGUUUUUUUAUUUAUUUCAUCUGUAUUGUCCUGAUUGUCUACUUCACCACCCCUCAUGUCCGGGAGAACUCUCGCUAUGUCCUCUUCGCUCACAUGCUCAUCAACGACACCAUCUACCUCUCUUUGGGACUCUUUCUCGCUGUGGCUUAUCAGCUGUUAUUUAUCCCGGUCCCUCUUUGCUACUUCAUCCUCGCCAUUACAACAGCCACCUUUAGAGUCACACCAUACAACUUGGCCGUCAUGUCCCUUGAGCGUUACUUAGCUAUCUGCUACCCACUGAGAUACUUGAUGUUCUGCACAGUCCAGCGGUCUUACUCUGUUAUAUCAGUAAUGUGGAUUGUUGGGUUACUCCCCAAUGUAGCCGAUGUCAUUGUCCUCAGCAUCUCGGCUAAGGAUAAUUUUUUCUCUCAGCGCUUGUUAUGCAAACAGGAAGAAUUUCUUGUGCAACCUGUGCAGACCACAAUACGAUCCGUCACCUUCCUGGGUAGUUUAAUUGUGGUGGCGCUUGUCAUUCUGAUCACCUACAUCAAAGUGAUGAUGGUAGCUCGGAAAUCUGGCUCUGGUCAGUCUUCUGCCUCCAAGGCUGGAAGAACAGUUAAGCUCCACGCGUUUCAGCUCCUGCUCUGCGUAGUCUCUCUCACCUCUGUAAUUACAGAGUUCUACGGUGGAGAUUACUUGACCAUGAUUAAUUUCUUGGUGUUCAUGUGCCUGCCAAGGCUUCUCAGUCCUCUUAUAUAUGGUCUUCGAGAUGAAGUGUUCCGAAAGUGCAUUCGAAAUAUGUAUUCCACAAUCUGUAAAGGCAAAUCUGUUGACAAAAUUAAAAGUGUGAAAUAA